AUGCAAUUUGUACGCAAAGCCGAAGAAGCCCUGACAGGCAAGAAGGAUGAGUCGCGUGAGUCGACUCAGUCCUCUAACCAUGGACCUCACUCCUCCAACCUGGCCAACAAGCUUGACCCUCGUGUUGACAGUGACCGUGACAACCGUGCUGCUCACACUGAUGUCGACGACAAGCAUCUCAGCACCUCUAAGGACUAUGGAAGUGGCUCUACCGGAACCACUACCACUGCCGGACCCCACAAGUCGAGCGCAGUCAACAAGUUGGAUCCUACCGUCGACUCCACACGCACUGUGCCCACCGGCACACACGGAGUGGAAUCUGGGGUUGUUGGUGCCGGCACUACCCAUGGCACCCAUGUUGGAGACACAACCAGCCAUGGCUCGACCCUGGGCUCGACCACUCAUGGUACCAAGCCUGUGACUGACACUGGAGCUACCACCUACGGUAGCAGCAGCAGUAACGCGGGACCCCACAGCUCCAACAUUGCCAACAAGGCCGACCCUCGUGUUGAUUCUGAUCGCGACCACCGUGCCCGUCAUGAAGCCACUAACGUCGGUGCUACUACUGGAGUAACCCACGGCAGCACCAAUGCCGGUCCCCACGACUCCAACAUCGCCAACAAGGUUGACCCUCGUGUCGACUCUGAUCGUGAUAACCGUGCUCGCCACGAGAAUAUCGGCAGCACCAACGCUGGUCCUCACGCUUCCAACGUCGCUAACAAAGCUGAUCCUCGCGUCGACUCGGACCGUGACAACCGUGCUCUCCUCUCCGGAGCCGGUACUGCCCCUGCCCUUGGCUCCACCCAUGGCACCCACGGCCCCAGCUCGACCCUAGGCUCUGGCACCGGAACCACUGCCGCCCACAGCACCACAGUUGGCCCCCAUGACACCGAAAUCGCCAAUAAGCUCGACCCCCGUGUCGACUCGGACCUUGACGCCCGCGCUACUCACCAGUCUCUCUCUGGUAUCGGUGCUGGCACUGUCACCCAUGGCUCUCACACCCGUGACACGGCCUCUGGUCUUGCCCCUAGCCAGGGUCUUGCUGGUAGCAGUUACAACACCCCUACUGGAACUGCUACUGGCACUUCUGGUACCACUGCCACGGCUGGUCCCCACGACUCGAGUAUUGCGAACAAGCUCGAUCCCACUGUUGAUUCGCACGUUCAGGCCGAUGGCACUCAGCGGAAGAUCUAG